UCACGAGGCGGCGAUACCAUCAGUUCGACUUUUGACGCGCUGCAAGAAACAUCGUGAGCACCGCUUAACCCAAAAAAAAAUAUACAUAUAUACUCCCGACCGAUCCCAAGAAAAACUGACGCAAUGAGCGCCGUUGAUGCCAUAAUCAAUUACAAGCGCAGUCCCAACGAGGACUUCUACGGGCUGCUCCAUUGCGAUGAGAACUCAUCGCCCGAGCAGAUCCAGGCCGAGUACAAGGUCCUGGCCCUCCAAUACCAUCCCGACAAGAACUCCGGCGACAAGGAGGCGGAGGCCAAGUUCCAACAGCUUAAGGAGGCCAAGGAGACCCUCUGCGACCCCGAAAAGAGGGCCGUGUACGACAAGUGGCGCAACAGCGGCAUCUCGAUGAGCUACAAACAGUGGCUGGGCAUGAAGGAGCAUGUCGGUCAGGUGAGAAGAUACACGAUUGCCGAGAAAGUGGAUAAAGAGUCCAUGCACUGGGUGACCCCCAAGACCAAGGAUCGCAUGCUGCCGGAGGCCGGAGGAGCAGCUGCCCAGGCACCCGGGGCAGGAUCCGGGGCAGGAUGCAGCAGCGGUGGCCUGACCGCAGCCUCGCCCAACCCCGCCCACCGGCGGGCCUCGGAGGGCGGGGCAGCCCUCUACUACGGCAGUCGCAAGGGUGAGUGGGGCGGCGAGAACACCGAUGUGGCCAACAAGUUCCGCAACUACGAGAUCUAAGUGCAAACUUGGUCAGAUGGUCGGUUAAAAGAAGUUUCAAUUUAAAAGAUAAACAAAAAAAACAUUUACACAAGCAUAUACCAAGUCGAACCGAAGAAGAGGAGCAAGUUAUGCAAUUAUAUCAAAAUAUUCAGAAAGGGAAACAGAAAGUUAUUAUCGAUGUGUAACUUAAGCGUUGCGAACUACAGAGCACAGAUACUCGUAUAUAGAUGUUUAUAGGUGUACAAAAAAUAUAUCUAGAAAAAUGGUAAUUAACUAACGUAUAUUUAAGAGAAAGAAACUGUAAUUUCAAUAAACUCCCCCGACGAAAAACCCAGGCGGAGCGGCAAGAAUUUUAAGUUGAUGUAACUUAGUAAAAUUUUAACGCAGUCAUGCAUUAUGAAUAUAUACACACCAUAUACUAUAUACCAUAUAUAUUUAUGUAAUCAGUGUAUUUGUAUAUCGAUGUUUCAAAGUACCAUGAAUGUACCCCCAAGACAAUCCCUUGGCAACAAACAAAACUAAGCUAAAGCUAAAGCUGUAACUGAAACUAAACUCUAACUAAACUAGUGACAGUCUAGCAAAUCACCCACCACAAACCGAAAAAGAAAGAAAUAUUGAAUGACAUAUUAAAGCGAAUUUAAACCUUAUACAGACGACACAUUUGCAUAGUCAAAAACUCUCACUCGGUGUCCUUUUUAAACGCAACAUUGCGAAAAAACCUCCAAACUGAACUAUUUUCCCAGAAAAUCUACAAAAAAAGCGACAAAAUAUCAAAGAAAAAUCAAAAAAAAGAUGAGAAAUUUAUAUAAAUGUUUUGAUGGAUAGAGCGGUGAACUUUUCAAACUUAUACAUAUAGCAGAGAAUUAUUGUCAUUAUUAUAUUGUACUAUUAUGCGCAGAGCAGAGAAUUAA